UUCUUUAUCUCACUGUUAAAUCUAUUUUUAGCAAUUUUACUCACAAAGAAUUUACAGUUAACAAAUCCUGAUGUCAAUAAACCACUGAGGAAAACCAGCAAAGAUAAGGGACUUAUUAUCAGAUCAAAACCAAGAAUUUUUUAUUUUAUUUUCAUGCAAUAAAUAUGGCUACAGAGAGUAAAUCUAGUUUUGUAAAAGUGAAACCCAGUAGUAGUAAUCAAGUUGGGUCAUCAUCAAAACCCAAAUUUGAUUCAUCUAUUAUCAAGAAGAAAGUUAUUCAGAUCUCAUCUAAGCAAUCUGCUGAUUUAAAGGGUAAAUCUGCCAUUUCUGUCAAAACUGAGGUGAAAGGAAAAACAACCUCAAGUUCAUCCAAGACUGUCACAAAAACGCAAACCAAAACUCGAGUGAAGAAAGUUUAUUCCUUGGCUGGCCAGAAGUAUGAUGUUCCUGAAGAGCGUGAACCAUUGAGGUUAUUCUAUGAAUCGUUGUCAAAGCAGAUACCUUCAAGUGAAAUGGCAGAGUUCUGGUUGAUGGAGCAUGGUCUGUUGUCACCUGAGAGAUCAAAGAAGGCAUUCGAGAAAAAACAGAGAAAGCAAAAGCAAAUCCGCAUGGGGAUUCCUAUUAAAUCUCCUCCUCCACGGCCAUUGUUAAACAAAGCUGAGAGUUCAAAGAAGCAACAAUUAGUAUCAAAGAACGGUGAUGUAAAGGCGAAGAAACGACUAAAAUCUGAUAGCAGCGACGAUGAUGAUGAUUUCAUUCUGAGUCCAAAGAGAAGAAAAGGGUAAAAAGAUUUCUCCUAAUACUGCAAUCUUGUAUGUAUUUUGUAAGAGAUUUGGUCAAUUAGAUUUAGUUAACUUUAGACUGAGGAGCCAGCCAUUCUUCAUUUUCUUUAUCAUUGGAAAUGAAUAAUCAAAUAAAAGAUACAAUUGGCCAACCUGUACACAAUGAAACCAUAGUUGUACUUUAUAGAACCACAGUUUACUGUUUAAUGUAAUACUAUUUGCUUAGUCUUUUUGAUAUUAGAAGAUAAUUCCAAAAAUUCAGUUCC